UACGCCGUUCGUGUUAUUUGAGAAGUUCGCUUUGAACGGGUCGAAAGAUCAAUAACUCAAUUAAUGGACUUUUGACUCCGUCGUUUCUGUCGUUUGUAUCGGACCACAUUAACGUUGGACGACUGUUCGAAAGUCGAAUAUCCUUUCUGUCCACGUCCCCUUGAACUCUCCGACUCUCCUUCACUUUGUCUCUGUGUUUUUGAAGAUUUUUUGUCCGCCAAAGAUGGGUAAGAAACCUAGCGCUUCAAAAUUUGCACAGAAGUCGAACAAGCAUAAGAGCACAGAUCCAUCUGUUCAGGAUGGGGAAGUACAGCCUGAAAGCCUAAAUCCUACCUUGGAGAAGGUUGAAUUACAAAAAGCAAACUCUUCCACAAAGUCUUCUGGAAAGAGAGUUAAGAAAACGCCUGCUAAAGUUAGGCGAUCUGACCGUCUUCAAAAUGCAGUUACGUCUACUGAAAACCAAGACAUUGAAUGUAUUAUUGAAGCAAUAACUGUAAGUGAAAGCGAGAAAGAAGAUGAGCCUGUUGAUGAGGAAUUGCCGGAGACUAAUUUGAAUGAGAAACACUUGUACAAAAAAGUUGAUUAUAUUAUACGGCUUCUGGAGGCACAGCAAAAGACCAUAGAUUCAUUGAAUUCUAGGGCAACCGAGAAAACCUUCUUUAGUAAAGGCCCUAGUUUUGGGGAUGUCAAGUAUAAAAGCUUGUAUAUCGACUCCCAAAAGAAGAUUCAAGUUUUGAUGGAGGAAAACCGUCAGCUUAGUAAGAAGUUGGAAUAUGCUCUUGGCAAAAUUGAAGUGUAUGAAAAAGGGAAUGAUUUGGUUUCUGAAGUGUUGGGAAAAUUCAAAGAUGAGUUAAAGGAUGUGCUAUUGCUCUCAAGUUUUACUAGACCCACUGAAGCAACAGCUGAAAGAGAUCUCGAGUGCAAGACUGUGAAGAGAAAGAGACUUGAUAGAGAAAAAUAACGACCAUUUUGUUUCUAUGACUAUACUGACCUGCCUGUAUGAUCAGUGUAACGACUCAAUGAACAGAAGCUAAAUGUUCUUUUAUUAUUAUUAUGAUCAUCAUCUUCAUCAUGGUUUUUCCACCAUUGAUGUC